UGCGAGCAACGCCAAAAGAAGAAGAAGAAGAACAACAACAACAACAACAACAGCAACAGCAAGCGAAAGCGUCGCGCCACUCGAAGAAUUUAGCGACGCGGGCGCCUCAUCAGCCCCCGAUGCUGGUGCAAUCCGGCGGGUGUUAAGAUCCAUGGAAGUGGCCGGUUUCUACGACGAGGGAGGCUUUGCUAUCCACGCGAGAGACGGCAUUCUCAACCCCGGCGGCUCGUACUGGAGGCUCGGCGACUCGAUGACGGAGUUGGGUAUCGAGGAGCGGGAGAGAGCGAUCGACUUCAGCCUCUACUUGGACCCGGCCGCCGCGCACUGCCCGCCGCUGGCGGCGGCCCAACAACAACAACAACAACAACAACAACAACAACAACAGCAACAGCAAGGCGACGUGUUCUCCGACUUCCUGGCCGAGAGCAAGCUGAAGAGGGCGGCCGCUUUCAAGAACCACGCGCUGCUGGGCGAGCUGGAGGCGGCUCAGCGAGGAGACGGGCCGCGGGACCCCCGGGGAGCGCCCUACGGGCUCGGCUACGCCGACCUCCAGGAGACGCGCGUGGACAGCGUGCUCGCCUCCGACCUGGUCCGCUACCGAGCCGCGGCCAGAGACGACGGCAAGGAGGACGCCAAAAUGGAGAACGGCUCGUCCGUCUUUGACAUGCGCCCCUACCUGCCCUACCAGUCGACCGGGGGCAGCAUGGGCAACAUCUCCACGGCGUCCUCCACUUGCUCCAGCCCGCCCGGAACGCCCGCGCCGGGGGGUCAGGGCAGGUCGCCGAGGUCCCCGUCUCACGGCGCCAAGCUCUCCGGCGGCAAGGCCAAGAAGCGCCUGGACAAGGACAGUGAGGAGUACCGGCAGCGGCGCGAGAGGAACAACCUGGCCGUGCGGAAGAGCCGCGACAAAGCCAAAAUGCGCAACUUGGAGACGCAGCACAAAGUUUUGGAACUGGCGGCGGAGAACGAUCGUUUACAGAAGAGAGUGGAGCAGCUCUCCAGGGAGCUGGCCACCUUGCGCAACCUGCUCUCGGCUACCGGCCAGUGUUAGACGCCCACCCCCCGGCCCGAGCUGAGCUGCUCCCUUCGGGGACCCACAAACGUUGUUCGGAAGAUUGAGGGGGGUCGUCGGGGUCGCCUGGGGGUGGCCGUACGGACCGCGAACACUUUACAAGGACACACUUUGCAUUGGGACUGAAGAAGUGGCUUGCGCGGAUUGCGCAAUCACUCGGCAUUCUUCUUUUUUUUUUCCUCCUUUUUUUUCCCCCUUGUUUCUUUGAUGUUUUUUUUUUUGGACACCUCGGCUUUCAUCUCGUCGAACUGUGUGUAUGCGGGAUUUGUGUGCACGUUCGACCCAACGCGUGAGUCCGUUUCGACACGAACGUGUCGAAAUGGAGCAGCUGCCUCGGUUGUCAGACGAAGAGUUUGUGCUGCAGUGAAAUGAUGCAACUCUUCGUAAUAGUACGGCCAACGGAUGAAAUCAGUGGAAUUAUUUAAUAUCGACGAGGUGAAAUGCAUUAAUUGUACUUGAUACUUGACGGAAUUAAAAUCAUUUCUACUUUGGUCUAAACAAUUUCACUUGGCACGUCUUUAUUUUAGGCUGUUAUUUUAUUUUUAUGUGGACUGCAGUGAGAGAUCAUGUCUGCCACCUUUUUUUAAAAACUGUGAAAAACACAAAGCACCGUUUCUAAUUCAUGAUGGAAAAAAAAAAAACCCAAAACGUCCAGCUACCUUCAUAAAUGACGCGGACGCGCCGGUGAUCUGAACAACCGCAUUGUCAUGCUUUGUUAUGAUUUAUGCUGCCAACAAUAAAUUUGCAUACAGUGAGA